AUGUACUUAAUUCCGACUGCGUCUUCCCCCGAUAUUUGCCCGAACAAACUGUUUGUCGGAAUACAGCGCGCCAAAUGCACCCUUCUGCAACUGGAACUGGGUUCUCCGCUGCGUUCCCCCAACUACGAAACCAUACUGGAGGUCACCUCACCUGCGUCUAGCUGGAGACAGUGUCGAAUUGGCCAGCUGGUGUUUUGGGUAGAUGUGGUAAAACUGCCCUCGAUCGCGUAUCUGCUCGGCAGUUUUCUGUUUACAGAUCCAACAUGCCGACGGACUCCCAUUUGCUUGGCUGUUGGUUGA